GUGUGUGUGUGUGUGUGUGUGUGUGUGUGUGUGUGUACAUGUAGAGGCCAGAGCUGACCUUAAACUCAGAGAUCAGGGAUUCAGGCUCCACAGUCCCAAGGGCAAAGGUUGUGCCACCUGGCCUUUAUCUACUUUUAUCCAAUUUGGGGGCCGGCGGAGAGGGAAGGAUGGGGGAGAGGCUUCUCAUUGGCCUGGAAUUAGGAGAGGCCGCCUGGCCAGAAGGUCCUCAUGCUCAGAAGCCAAGCACUUUAGAAAUUAGAAGAUCAACCAUGUUUCCCAACCAGAAUGGGGUUGGUUCCCGGCCUGGGUCCACAGUGCCCUCUGGUGGCUCAGAUGUAGCAUGUCACCUGAAGAAUCUGGAAAAACUCUAUUUCCUUCCCGCAAGAAAACUGCUUGCAUGGGGGCCACUAUUCUCACCUAAGUCCUCUGGUUUGAUGGUGUGACUGUGGAAAACAUAAAUCGCGUUGCUCUACUCCUCCAGCAUUAAUACUGGACAGGUAACCUGAAAACUUAGGGUUUCUAUUGUGUGAUAAAACACAAUGACCAAAAGCAACUUGGGAAGGGAAGGGUUUAUUUCAGCUUAUGGUUCCAUCUCGCAGUCCAUCACUGUUGGCAGGAACCUUAGGCAGGAACCUGGAAGCAAGAACUAAUACAGAGCCUUAGAGAAACACUGCUUACUGGCUUGCUCCUCGUGGCUUGCUCAGCCUGCUUUCUUAUAGUAUUCAGGACCAUCUGCCCAAGGGUGGCAUCACCCACAAUAAGCUGGGCCCUUACAUGUCAACCACUAAGAAAAUGCCCUACAGAUUUACCUACAGUGCAAUCUUAUGGGGGCUUUCCUCAACUAAGAGUCCCUCCCAAAACAUCACUACUCAACUACCAUCUUCCUUUUUCAUCUGUACCCAGGAUAUCGUUUUAAUGUUAGUAUCACAAUAGAAAACAGCAUAUUUUCAAAAGUCCCAUAGGCCUUAAAAUCCACCUUAAAAGUUUCGUCUCUUUAAAAUAUCCAAAGUCAAGCUUCUCCACUCCUCCACCAUCGUGCGUGCUACGCCUGACUCGGCUUCUCGCCAUGUCUUCUGACAAGACUUUCAGAAUCAAGCGAUUCCUGGCCAAGAAACAAAAGCAAAGGCAUCCUUUUCCUCAGUGGAUCUGGAUGGAAACUGGUAACAAAGCCAGGUGCAGCUCUAAGAGAAGACCCUAGAGGAGAACGAAGCUGGGUCUGCCAGGAUCCACACGGUGGCAAGGCUGAGGGUUUAUACAAGCUGUGGUCAUCCAUCAGUCCUGCCAGAUGGAGUUCAACAUUUUAUUUAAAGAUUUAUUUGUUUCAUUUAUAUGAAUACACUGUAGCUGUCUUCAGACACAGCAGAA